AUGUCGGGCAGCAGUAGUAGAGGGAGCGCUGUUUCUGGAGGGCAUCGCUAUCGAUACAGAGCACUUCCUGAGUUCGAAAACGAUAUGGCUGAUAAUAACGAUUUCAAAUCGCAUACCGUUGAUGAGGAUAUUGAUGCUAUUUCUACUCAUGCCUCACGACAGAGGAAAGAUAGUGGAUUGUGGUCUAGGCAGCGCUACCCCGGCGCCCUCCUUUUCAAUAUCUUCACAUUCAUUCUCCCUGCACUCUACGGCACACUCUCGAAGCUAUGGAUCGCGGGCAUCAACAACAAGAUGGUUGUUACGACGGACACAUACACCUACAUCAGCGUUGUGACCGAAGUAAUCAACGAAGGGCUUCCCCGCGCCUCUUUUGUCAUCAUAGGCGACCGUUCUUCCCGUAGCAUCACAUCCCGCAUCAGUUUGUCGAAUACACUGAUUAUAGCACAAGCAUGCCUAGGUGGGAUCAUGUCUGUUGUGAUAGCAGCUGCUGCAAAGAGCUUUGCGGGGACGUUUGUUCCUAUUGAGGUGAGGGAGGAAAGCGUGACGUAUGUGCGUAUAUCUGCGUUUUCUUCGCUGUUUGAGGCCGUGGAGGUGGCGGUUGGUGCGGCUACGAGGGCCUUGGAUAGACCAGAUGUACCGCUCCUUAUAAGCUCCGUGAAGACUGCUCUGAAUAUUAUAUUGGACGUUCUCUUAAUAUCCAAGUUCCGGGUUGGUCAUCUGGAUGUUGACGUCAACACCCAAGCCAUAAUCCGUCUCUCGUGCGAUGCCGCCGGUGCACUGGCAGGCGUGUUGUUCUUCGCAUAUCUGUCAAACAUUCUAUUUUUGAGUCGCCCUUCAGGGGAAGAGGCAUGGGGUGUCUUCAACACCAUCCGUUGGGGCCUUAUCAUGGUUCCUGUACAAGCGCUUGAAGCAACAGCUUUAACCUUUGUUGGGCAUGCCUGGGGUUUUUGGCGCUUCCGAGUCGGAAUCGACAAUCGAACGCCUAAAGCGUCCUGGAAGGAUCUCCUUAUCAUCGCCCUAGCAGUGGAGAUCCCAAUUUGUAUAACAUUUUCGGUCUGGGGUGCUCGGCCAUUUGCCUACUGGCUCUCUGAGUCGGAUUCCGUGGCAGAUAUCACUGCAUAUAUGUGGAAGACAAUCGACUGGUGCUACAUCUUCUACGCCGUCUCUACCCAACUAGCCGCAAUCCUCGUUGCUACAAGACCAAGAUGGUAUCUCGCCCAGUCCCUCUGCUCCAAUAUAUUUUGGGUCCUGCCAUGGGCAAUUGCAGUGACUAGGAUAAAGAAUUUCAACAAAGAUACGGCAUGGAAGUGGCAUAGUAUUGUCUUUGGCGGGAGCUUGGUAGUUAGUUUUGUGAUUAUACUGGUUAUUUUGGCGGCGUGGGGCUAUAGACUUACCAGAGGGUUGAGUAGGUUGUCGAGGCUUUCUUCUGCGACAUUUUAUCAUUAG